CCCACGCUUUCCUUUGACCGGCGGCAAAAGAGAAGAAGCAACAAGAGCACCACGGCCGGGGAGAAGCUAGCUAGCCACCCGCCGCGCGAGCCGUCCCCCUCCCAAGAAGAAUUCAUCCAUCCCUACCACCCAGCAAGCUAAGCUGCUAGCUGAUCGAUCCAUAGAGAUCGAUCGGGGAUGUGGGAGGCUGGAGGCGUCCACGGCAGCCACGAGGCGCUCCUGCUGCAGGCCGCCGGAUCGGGAGCGGGGGCCGACUACGGCCACGCCGGCCCGGCCCUCCUGCCGUGGCUCGGCACGGCCGCCGCGCCGGGGUUCUCCUACAUGGCCCCCCAUCACCACCACCACCAAGGCCCGCCGCCCUUCGGCGCCGAGGCGGCGCCUUUCGGCUUCGGCGGCGGGUACGGCGAGGGCGCCGGCGGCGUGGGGCCGCAGCUCGGGGUAUUCGGGCUCGAGCCGCCUCAUCUACCAGCACCGCCGCCGCACGGCCUGCUGGCUGCUGCUGGCGGCGGCGCGGGGGUGCCGCAGGGGUCGAGGAUGGUGUCCGGGCUGCUGGGGACCCUGCAGGCGGAGCUGGGGCGGAUGACGGCCAAGGAGAUCAUGGACGCCAAGGCGCUGGCGGCCUCGCGAAGCCACAGCGAGGCCGAGCGCCGCCGCCGCCAGCGCAUCAACAGCCACCUCGCAAGGCUCCGCAGCCUCCUCCCCAACACCACCAAGACGGACAAGGCGUCGCUGCUGGCGGAGGUGAUCGAGCACGUGAAGGAGCUGAAGCGGCAGACGUCGGCGGUGCUGGGCGCCGCGGGGGAGGGGGAGGAGGAGGAGGCUUCGGCGGCGGCGCGGCGGAACCUGCUCCUUCCGACGGAGUCAGACGAGCUGGCGGUGGACGCGGGGGAGGACGGCGAGGGGAGGCUCCUCGUGCGGGCGUCGCUGUGCUGCGAGGACCGUGCGGGCCUCAUCCCGGACAUCGCCCGCGCGCUCGCCGCGCUCCGCCUCCGCGCGCGCCGCGCCGAGAUCGCCACGCUCGGCGGCCGGGUCCGCAACGUGCUCCUCAUCACCACCGCCGACGACGACGAUGGCGGCGAGGAGGAAGAAGGUCGCCAACACGACGACGUGGGAGGCGGCCACGGCGGUGAAGACGACGACGACGCCGCCGACGGCUGCGGAGCCCGCGCCUCCCACCACCACCGGAGGCACGAGCUCGUCGCGUCCAUCCAGGAGGCGCUGCGCGGCGUCAUGGACCGCAAGACGGCCAGCAGCGGCGACACGUCCUCGUCUAGCGGCGGCGGCGGGAGCAUCAAGAGGCAGCGCAUGAGCGGCGCGCACGAGCAAGGUUCGCUCUAGUGUGUGGUAAUGGUAACACGAGCUAGUAGCUAGCUCCAAUGCUCCAUGCCUUCCCUCCAUGCUCGCAUGAAAUAUGCGAGCAUGCUGCAUGGCUACUAGCUACUAGCGGAUGAAACUCAUCUCAAGCUAAUUAAUAUAGUUAUGAAACUAUAGUCACCUCAAACUUAGAUCGAUCGAUCAAGCUGGCUCUUCCUUUUUGUUGCUAUGGUAAUGGUGUGGAUGAGGGAAAGAAAAAUGGUGUCCGAGGUAGUAGAGGGGUAGAGUUUUAUGUAUCCCUUAUAUAAGUUUGUGUGCUUUUUUUACGUCGCGUAUGUAUCGGGGAGAUGGGGGGAAUUUGAGAGGUUAUUAUUAUUGAUAAACCUCUUAUAAAAUGGGGGUGAUAAGGGUGUACAUGUAUAAUCUCUGGCGUAUAAUGGAAGAUGGAAUUGGUGGGUUAAGUUGGUCAUUUCUUCAUGAGUGUGGCAUGGAGCUAGAGUGCAAUGUCGUUGUUCACUUUUCAAUCAUAUUGUUGUUGUUUUGCA